GGCAGGCGGCCAGCCGAGCGCGCCUCCGUCCAGAAGCCGCGGAUCUCGCUCCUUCUCCCAGAGCGCCAGGCGGACACAGUCGCGGACGGAGCGAGCGUCCAAGCGGGGCGCGAGCGAGCCAGGCAGCUCCCCCUCCCCGAUCCUCCUCCCUACCCCACUCCAGUUCCCGAUCCUCCUCCUCCUUUUCCCCCCGCCGGCCUCGCCGCUCUCCUCGGAGCUCCAUGGCCGCCUAGAGCCCCUGAGAGCGCCGCGCCAUGGAGCCGCCGCCGGGCCCGGGCGCGCUCCUGCUUCGGCUCGGGCUCCUGCUAUUGCCGCCGCUGCUGCGCCUGGCCGCCGCCGUGGAAGAAACACUGAUGGACUCCACCACAGCAACGGCAGAGCUAGGCUGGACAGUGCAUCCACCAUCAGGGUGGGAAGAAGUGAGCGGCUACGACGAGAACAUGAACACGAUUCGGACUUACCAGGUGUGCAACGUCUUUGAAUCCAGCCAGAACAACUGGCUGAGGACCAAGUUCAUCCGCAGGAGGGGCGCCCACCGCAUCCACGUGGAGAUGAAGUUUUCGGUCAGGGACUGUAGCAGCAUCCCCAACGUCCCCGGGUCCUGCAAGGAGACCUUCAACCUCUACUAUUACGAGUCCGACUACGAUGCCGCAACCAAGACGUUCCCCGCUUGGAUGGAGAACCCCUGGGUGAAGGUCGACACCAUUGCAGCGGAUGAGAGCUUCUCCCAGGUGGACCUGGGGGGCCGCGUGAUGAAGAUAAACACGGAGGUGCGCAGCUUUGGGCCCGUCUCCAAGAAUGGCUUUUACCUGGCCUUCCAGGACUAUGGGGGCUGCAUGUCCUUGAUCGCCGUCCGCGUCUUCUACCGCAAGUGCCCGCGCAUUAUCCAGAACGGAGCUGUUUUCCAGGAGACGCUCUCGGGGGCUGAGAGCACGUCACUGGUAGCGGCUCGGGGUACUUGCAUCCCCAAUGCCGAAGAGGUGGAUGUACCGAUCAAGUUGUACUGUAACGGGGAUGGGGAGUGGCUGGUCCCCAUCGGGCGCUGCAUGUGCAAGGCGGGCUACGAAUCGGUGGAGAACGGGACCGUCUGCAGAGGAUGCCCCUCAGGGACGUUCAAAGCCAGCCAGGGGGACGAGGGCUGCGUCCACUGCCCCAUCAACAGCCGGACCACGUCAGAAGGAGCCACAAAUUGUGUCUGCCGCAACAACUACUACCGCUCAGACUCUGAUCCGCUGGACAUGCCAUGCACCACGAUCCCGUCGGCCCCACAGGCCGUCAUCUCCAGCGUGAACGAGACCUCCCUCAUGCUGGAGUGGAGUCCGCCCCGGGACUCAGGGGGCCGCGAGGACCUGGUCUACAACAUCAUCUGCAAGAGCUGCGGUUCGGGCCGGGGGGCGUGCACCCGGUGCGGAGACAACGUCCAGUUCACACCGCGUCAGCUUGGCCUGGCUGAGCAACGCGUCUACAUCAGCGACCUGCUGGCCCACACCCAGUAUACUUUUGAGAUACAGGCGGUGAAUGGCGUCACUGACCAGAGCCCCUUCUCGCCCCAGUUUGCCUCUGUCAACAUCACCACCAACCAAGCUGCCCCUUCAGCCGUGUCCAUCAUGCACCAGGUGAGUCGGACGGUGGACAGCAUCACCCUCUCGUGGUCACAGCCCGACCAGCCCAAUGGAGUCAUUCUGGAUUAUGAGCUGCAAUACUACGAGAAGGUGCGGGCACGCACUGUGGCAGGCUAUGGGCGUUACAGUGGCAAGAUGUACUUCCAGACCAUGACCGAAGCUGAGUACCAAACCAGCAUCCAGGAGAAGUUGCCACUCAUCAUUGGCUCCUCAGCUGCGGGACUCGUCUUCCUCAUUGCACUGGUGGUCAUCGUCCUUGUUUGCAACAGUCCAUCUGCCUCCCGCUCAGCCCGGUGCUCUCCUUCCAGAAGACGAGGAUUUGAGCGUGCAGACUCCGAGUACACCGACAAGCUGCAGCAUUAUACCAGCGGCCACACAGUGACUCCCGGCAUGAAGAUCUACAUCGACCCUUUCACCUACGAAGACCCCAAUGAGGCUGUCAGGGAGUUUGCAAAGGAGAUUGACAUCUCGUGUGUCAAAAUCGAGCAGGUGAUUGGUGCAGGGGAGUUUGGCGAGGUGUGCAGCGGCCACCUCAAGCUUCCGGGCAAGAGGGAGAGCUUUGUGGCCAUCAAGACGCUGAAAUCUGGCUAUACUGAGAAGCAGCGACGGGACUUCCUGAGCGAGGCCAGCAUCAUGGGCCAGUUUGACCACCCCAACGUCAUCCACCUGGAGGGGGUGGUCACCAAGAGCCCCCCUGUCAUGAUCGUUACUGAAUUCAUGGAGAACGGCUCGUUGGAUUCCUUCCUACGGCAAAACGAUGGGCAGUUCACUGUGAUCCAGCUGGUGGGGAUGCUACGGGGCAUCGCUGCUGGCAUGAAGUACCUGGCCGACAUGAACUACGUCCACCGUGACCUGGCGGCUCGUAACAUCCUCGUCAACAGCAACCUCGUCUGCAAGGUCUCGGACUUCGGCCUCUCCCGCUUCCUGGAAGAUGACACCUCGGAUCCCACCUACACCAGCGCCCUGCAGCCAUUCCACUUGGCUGGGGCUGAUGCAAGCAACCCAAGCGAGAAACCCUGUGCUCCACCCCCACUACAGGGCGGAAAGAUCCCGAUCCGUUGGACAGCACCGGAAGCCAUCCAGUACCGGAAGUUCACUUCUGCAAGCGACGUGUGGAGCUAUGGGAUAGUCAUGUGGGAGGUGAUGUCCUAUGGAGAGCGGCCAUACUGGGACAUGACCAACCAAGAUGUAAUAAACGCCAUUGAGCAAGAUUAUCGGCUGCCACCACCCAUGGAUUGCCCCAGUGCCUUGCACCAGCUCAUGUUGGACUGCUGGCAGAAGGACCGUAACCACAGGCCCAAAUUUGGACAGAUUGUCAACACCUUAGACAAGAUGAUCCGGAACCCAAACAGCCUGAAAGCCAUGGCACCCCUUUCCUCUGGGAUUAACCUCCCCUUACUGGACCGCACCAUUCCAGACUAUUCCAGUUUCAACACCGUGGACGAGUGGCUUGAAGCCAUCAAGAUGGGGCAGUACAAGGAGAGCUUUGCCAGCGCUGGCUUCACCAACUUCGACGUGGUGUCCCAAAUGAACAUGGAGGACAUCCUGCGAGUAGGGGUCACAUUAGCCGGGCACCAGAAGAAAAUCCUGAACAGUAUCCAGGUGAUGCGAGCACAGAUGAAUCAAAUCCAGUCCGUGGAGGUUUGAGAAGCUGGGUACUUGCACACACCUCUCCCUCAAGGUCCUGUUCCCCUUUUGUCCCUGUGUGUCUGAGCCCUUGGGCGGGUCUUAAUGCUCCCCCAUGGAGACGGCAGCUACAGGGAAGGGGCAGCCACAGGGCAAAGAUGCUGCAGACUUCAAGAAUCCAGAAAAAAAGGGAAGAGGAAAGACUCUUAUUUAGAAGGAUGUUUUAAAAUGAAACAGAACCGCAGUGGAUUUCUCUUCAAGGGCUCUGAAACAAGCAAGCUGGGGAGGGAUCCAGAGGGACCCUUUCGCCCUCCUCCUUUGCACGAGUUGGACCUCCUGGGGCACAGAGUGGACCAGAAAGUCUUCAGGGAGGGGGGGAGGUUACAAAACUGCAUGUCCCUACAAGUGUUUCUGGGCAUGCCCUCCCCUUCCCACAACAGCCAGCAGAUCUGCGGACCGAAGAGGGGACAAGCGCCAGCAAACUUUCCACCCAUGUAAUGGGGUCACCUCUAGAGUCACAGACUUCAGAGAUGGACACGUCUUUUUAGCUUCCUUUCCUCUGAAGGACUGGAUCCGGGCGAAGCUCACCCACCCACCCACCCAUACCUCCUCCUCUGUACGAAAGAGAAUCUUUGCCCCACACUGGGGAAAGCAAAGGCAUGGGGCUUUCUGAGGUCUUGGUCUCUGUUGCGAAGGGACUGUUUUUGCAAGCGGCGCCUCCUAGAGGCUCUGCACGCUGCACUUCCCGGUGGCAGCUCUUACAUAUCAAUAUGCACAAGACAUUUGAAAGGCUUCAUGGUUUGCCAAUGACCUGCUUCCGGCGGGAAACUCCCUGCCCCUCUCAUCCUGUUCCAUGCAGUAUGUUGUAGAUUUGAUGUGCAUUUCCA